AUGUCGGCUAACUUGAUCCUCGCGUCGCCUGCCCGAUCGGGUGGAGUACAUAAAUCUGGGGGCCCAGGUCUACAGAUUGCACAGCUAUCUACAGCUUUCUUGAUUCUGUUCUUGAUCUGGGGUAAUCUCACUAUGGGAAAAUCCUAUCUUCAAAAUGUGUAUGUGAUCAGCGGACUGACGACCAUCGGUGGCCUUAUUCAAGGUUUCGAUGUGUCGAGUAUGUCUGCUAUAAUCGGCACUGAUGAAUACAAGAAGUACUUCAACAAGCCUGAUGCAGUUCAGCAAGGCGGAAUCACGGCGAGUAUGGCAGGUGGUUCUUUGCUAGGAUCUCUUGUGUCGUCUUGGACUAGCGACCGGUUUGGCCGUCGCGAUUCUCUUUUUAUUGCUUGUAUCACUUGGCUGAUCGGGUCAACAUUGAUGUGUGCAGUGCAGAAUGUUGCGAUGCUAAUUGUGUCGCGAAUCUUGAAUGGGUUUGCGGUGGGAAUGUUGACCAGUCAAGGUCCCAUUCUUAUCGCAGAGAUCAGUUUGCCUCAUCAGCGUGGUCGUUUGCUUUCGUUACAGCAGUGGAUGAUCACUUGGGGUAUCUUGAUCAUGUACUUCAUUAGCUAUGGGGCAUCCUUUAUGGGAAAUAACGGGGUCUUUCGCCUUCCAUGGGGCCUCCAAAUGAUCCCGGCUAUGCUGCUGCUCUGCUUUCUUCCCAUGAUACCCCGAUCCCCUCGUUGGCUAGCCUCACAAGAUCGAUGGGAGGAGGCUACAGACGUUCUUGCUCGGCUGCAUGGUAAGGGCAAUACUCUUGACCCUAUCGUUGUGGCACAGGUCCAUGAAAUCCGGGAAAAGAUCGAACUGGAGCGGCAAUACCGGAGCACGUCAUGGCUUGAAUUGUUCAACAAGCGCAACAUAAUUCGAGUCCAUUGCGCUAUCUUCACACACGUAUGGUCUCAGAUGACUGGAACCAAUGCAAUGAUGUACUACAUUGUCUAUAUUUUCCAGAUGGCUGGCCUAACUGGGAAUGCCACACUUCUUUCGGCCUCUAUCCAGUACAUCAUCAACGUUGUCAUGACACUUCCCGCUCUCAUAUUUAUUGAUCGUCUGCCCCGACGUCGCCUAUUUAUAUUUGGAGCACUCGCAAUGGGCUCUUUCCAAUUCAUUCAAGCAGGGCUCGUGUCCUCUUUUGGUCACAACGUGCCAGGCGGCUUGAAGGGAUCACCGACUGUAACAUGGAAAGUCACCAACUCCAAGGCCUCGAAAGCAAUCAUUGCGUGCUCUUAUCUUUUUAUUGCAUCCUACGCACCUACAUGGGGUCCUCUUGGCUGGACCUAUCCACCUGAGAUCAUCCCACUAUACAUCCGUAGCAAAGCAGUAUCUUUGGCGACUUUCUUCAACUGGGGUUGCAACUUCGCGCUGACCUUCUUCACGCCCCCGGCGUUCGAACACAUCCAGUGGAAAAUAUAUUGUGUAUUCGGCACAUUUUGCUUUGCCGCUGCGAUCCACGUGUUUUUUCUGUUCCAGGAGACAUGUGGCAAGUCCCUGGAAGAGAUUGAUAUCAUCUUCGAAAAAGAGAGUAUUUGGGCUUUCAAGGCUAAACAAGAGCCUAGUCGAUUGGCUGCUGAUAUUGAGCAAGCGAAGGAGGAUCUAAGUAUUGGAAAAGUAGGGGCAUACCAUGCUAAGCAGGCAGAGUCGUGA